AUGAAGUCGACAGUUGCCUUAUUGUGCCUUCAAUGUGCCGCAGCGGUCCGUGCAGCAAAUGGUGAAGGCAGUAGACCCAGAGGUGUGAGCCCGGAGUUUGCAAAAUUCUACAAGGACACUACAGCUUUCACAUGUAUAUCAAACCCAUUAAUAAAGCUUCCAGUCAACCGAAUAAACGACGACUACUGCGACUGCCCAGACGGAUCUGAUGAGCCUGGAACCUCUGCGUGUGCUCACCUCUCACCACUAUCUCCCCACACUCCAGCAGACGUUGGACCAAAUGGAGCCAACAGCACACUGGCGCUUCCAGGCUUUUACUGCAAGAAUAGAGGUCAUGUCCCAACAUAUGUCCCUUUCACGAAUGUCAACGAUGGAAUUUGUGAUUACGACCUAUGCUGUGAUGGCAGCGAGGAGUGGGAGCAUGUGGGCGGAGUGAAGUGCGAGGAUAAAUGUCAGCAGAUUGGCAAGGAGUGGAAGAAAGUGGACGAGGUGCGGCAGAAGAGUCUGGGAAAUGCAGGGAGGAAGAGGAAAGAGCUUGUCGCUGAAGCGAAGAGAAAAAGGAAGGAGGUUGAAGAUCGGUUGCAGACUCUAGGUACGGAGAUCGAGGGUAGCGAGCUUAAGGUCAAGCAGCUUGAGAACGAGUUGGCGGAGGUCGAGCGCAGGGAGAAGGGUAAAGUGGUAAAAGCUGGUGAGCAGAAGGUCGGAAAGCUGGGUAUGCUCGUUGGCCUGGCACGACAGAGGACGGAGGAGCUCAGGGAGACUCUGGAGAAGACGAGGGGGGAGCGUGAUUCCAGCCGUAACAGGCUGGCGGAGCUGGAAAGCCUUCUCACUGCAUUCAAGGACGAGUACAACCCCAAUUUCAAUGAUGAAGGAGUCAAGAGGGCUGUACGAGCGUGGGAGGACUAUGCUGCGAGGGACAAGGGUCUUGCGCCUGAUGCUGCCCACGACCGCGAUCUCGAUGCUAUGAUCAAGUCUGACAAGGACAAUGGGCUUGAUUGGGAGGAGUAUAAGGAAGGCGAGACCAGUGAUGAUGGCGUGUCAUACGCUUUUCUGAACUACCUACCAUCUCCAGUCGGUAGUUUCCUCGACCAAAAGCUACGUGACCUACGAGUGACAAUGAUCGAGUCUGGGAUCCUCGCAGACACCUCCAGCUCUUCAAGUGAGAGCAAAGCAGUCACAGACGCCAGGAACAGACUCGAAGCCGCACGCAAAGACCUUGAAAGCUCGCGCAAGUCGAACGAUGAGCACAAAGAAGACUUAAACAAGGACUUCGGCCCCGACGACGUCUUCCGCUCCCUCAAAGGCCAAUGCGUCUCCACCGACUCAGGCGAGUAUACAUACGAACUCUGCUUCAUGGAACGCACGACGCAGAAACCCAAGAAAGGUGGCGGGCACACCAACAUGGGCAACUACGAGACCAUGGAGAUCAUCACCGUAGACGACGAUGUACCCGCGGAUGGUAAAGGUCUGGGCUCGGGACAGAGGAUCGCGAUGAAAUAUGGUGGUGGCCAAGGCUGCUGGAAUGGUCCCAAUCGUGCUACGACGGUUGUGUUGGGGUGCGCGGAGAAUAAUGAGGUGUGGAAAAUUAUGGAGGAGGAGAAGUGUAUUUAUCGGAUGGAGGUCGGGACGCCGGCGGUUUGUGAGGGGGUUUAUGGGGGUGGGCAGGCACAGAGUGGGAGGGAUGAGCUGUAG